AUCUCAGAUUUUCCAAUUCAAUCAAUCAAUCAAAAAUUACUUUGUUGUUGUUGAUCAAAAUAAUAGAACAAAAAUUCGGUAUUUGUGUCACAUUUUCUUAUAUUAUUAAUUUGUUUUAUUUUACUUUUUAGACCAAGAGCAACUCUAGUGUUUUUUUGUUUCUGUGUAACGUUGAAGGAAGUGAUAUUACCACCUUGUCUUGUUGAUAUUAACACAGUCCUUUAGGGAAAAUGGCUAUUCUAUUGACAUCUGUGGAGAAAACUUUUGAGGAUGACCAGUUUACAGACAAAUAACGAUUCCAUACAGAUGAAAAUUGCUCUAUAUCAGAAAAUGUUCUAUAGCUUAUUUUUUUUGGAAGAAACCAUUUUAGAGCAUAGAAGAUGGAUAUAUCUGUACAGGCGAAAAAAACUCUUAUGGCCCGUGAUUCAUCAGUUAAAGCAUUUUCUGCGGAUACAAAGGUUGAAAUUCAAACUAAUUCCUGUAAUGCAUUCUUUUAUCAAAUUCAUACUGGAGAAAAAUCCUAUUCUUGUGAUGUAGGUUAUAAAGGAAUAUCUGAGAAACAGAAUUUGAAACGACAUCUCCGCACUCAUAUGAAAGCAAAACGUUAUUUUUGUAAGGUAUGCUGUAAAGAACUUUCUACGAAAGGUAAUUUAAAUAUGCAUUAUCGAACUCAUACAAAAGAAAAGCCUUUUGUUUGCGAAGUGUGCAUGAAAGCAUUUACUCGAAAAAAUACUUUAAUUGAGCAUUAUCGAAUUCAUAAAGGUAUUUCUGGAAAAGGUGCAAUGAUGAAAACCUUUUCAACUCUCACAAAGAAAAAACCUUACUUUUGUGAUGUAUGCGGUAAAGAAUUUUCUGUUAGAAGUAGUUUAAUAGUGCAUUAUCGAACUCAUACAAAAGAAAAGCCUUUUGUUUGUGAUGUGUGCAUGAAAGGAUUUUCUCGAAAACAUCAUUUAAUUGAGCAUUAUCGAAUUCAUACAAAAGAAAGACCUUUUGCAUGUGAUUUUUGCAAGAAAAAUUUUUGUCGAAGAGGAGAUUUAAAAUUACAUUUUCGGACCCACACAAAAGAAAAACCUUAUUCUUGUGAUGUAUGUUUUAAAGAAUUUUCUUGGAGAAGUAAUUUAAAUGCGCAUUAUCGAACUCAUAAAGAUUAAAAGCUUAAUGUUUGUGAUGUGUGCAUGAAAACAGUUUUUUUUUGAAGGAAAAAAAAAUCAAUUAAUUGAGCAUUAUAGAAUUCAUACCAGUUAUAACCUAUAUUCUUGUGAAUUAUGCUGUAAAGUAUUUGCUCAGGAAAAGAGUUCAAGAU